AGGUCUGGAGCAUGUCGGGAAAAGAGGGCGGAGACUAAGGUUCCACCCGCUCGGCCGGCGGGGGAUUGCGUUGCGGUGUUUCGGGUGGAAUUCCUGUGUGAGAAGAAAACUUGUCCCGGUGUGGCCGGGGAGCCUAGGUCCUAUUGCACUUUUUGAGUCCACGCCCGUCUGGGAGAGGGAGGUGAGUCCAACUAUCCAUUGCCAGGAAAUCUGUUUAAACUAGGGAAACUUUCCAUAUAAAAACUUAGAAUGAAAGAAUCUUUGGAUGGUGGAUGUGACAAAGCCAUAGUACCACAGAGGCUUUUGGACAAAAUUAAAGAAGAACCGCAUGAUGCUCAAGAAUAUGAACAGGUUCAACCGCCAAAAACUGAAGAAAAUGAACUGAAAAUUAGUGCAGUAUUUUCAGUUAGCGACAGUCCUCUUGAGCACGUUGCUCAAACUGCAGGAACUGUUCAUCAUCAGCAUUUAAAUAAAGGAAACAGUGCAGUUAUAUCAGAAGGUGGUAUAUUCCAACAGUUGACCCCGGGCUUUCAGCUUGCACAGUCUGGCCCAAACACAUCUCUUCCUUCAGUUCCAGCUGUAGCUCCUCAGGUUUAUUGUUCUGCUUGUAAAAGAAUGCUUUAUAAGGGCCAAACUGCCUACCACAAGACAGGAUCUACUCAGUUCUUCUGUUCUACACGAUGUAUUACUGAAUAUUCUUCAUCUGUCUGCCUACCACCUCCUCCCAAGAAAACCUGCACAAACUGCUCAAAAGCCAUUUUAAAUCCAAAGAAUGUGAUCACAACCCAGUUUGAAAAUUCCUCUUCUAGCAAAGAUUUCUGCAGCCAAUCAUGCUUGUCUUCUUAUGAACUGAAGAAAAAACCUGUUGUAACUAUAUAUACCAAUGGGAUUUCGACUAAGUGUAGUAUGUGUCAGAAAAAUGCUUAUAUUCGAUUUGAAGUUAAAUACCAAAAUGUGGUACAUGGUCUUUGUAGUGAUGCCUGUUUUUCAAAAUUUCACACUACCAACAACCUCACUAUGAACUGUUGUGAAAACUGUGGGAGCUAUUGCUAUAGUAGCUCUUACCAAUCACAGAAGGUUUUUAGUUCAACAAGCAUCACAGCAUACAAGCAGAAUUCAGUGCAGAAGCCUCCCUAUGCCUUGGGGAAAUCAUUGAGGCCCUCUGCUGAAAUGAUUGAGACUACAAAUGACUCAGGGAAAACUGAGCUUUUCUGCUCUGUUAACUGCUUAUCUGCCUACAGAGUUAAGACUGUUACUUCUUCAGGUCUUAAGGUUUCCUGUCACAGUUGUAAGACCUCAGCAAUCCCCCAGUAUCACUUAGCCAUGUCAAAUGGAACCAUAUAUAGCUUCUGUAGCUCCAGCUGUGUGAUGGCUUUCCAGAAUGUAUUUAACAAGCCAAAGGGAACAAACUCUUCAGUAGCAACCCUGUCCCAGGGCCAAGUGGUCGUGAGUGUGCCUUCAGGGUCAGCAGUAUCCACAGCUGCCUCCACCAACCCCUUCAGUAGUCCAGUCAGCGGCCCCGCUGCAGCUGCCCUCCAGACUCUUGCUGAACAAUCCCAGCAGAUUGCUUUAACCAAUACAUUUAUGAAACUCAUAUGUCACUACUGUACCCAUCAAUUUGCCACAAAACCAGAGCUGCUUUUCUACAAGGGUAGAAUGUUUCUGUUUUGUGGCACAACUUGCUCUGAGGAAUACAAAAGAAGAAAUAAAGUCAUGGCAAUGUGUGACUACUGUAAACUGCAGAAAAUCAUAAAGGAAACUGUGCGAUUCUCAGGAGUUGACAAGCCAUUCUGUAGUGAAGUUUGCAAGUUCCUGUCUGUUCGAGACUUUGGAGAACGAUGGGGAAACUACUGUAAGAUGUGCAGCUAUUGUUCACAAGUAUCACCAAAUUUGGUAGAAAAUCGAUUGGAGGGCAAGUUAGAAGAGUUUUGUUGUGAGGAGUGCAUGUCCAAAUUCACAGUUCUAUUUUAUCAGAUGGCCAAGUGUGAUAGUUGUAAACGACAGGGUAAGCUGAGUGAGUCCAUCAAGUGGCGAGGCAACAUCAAGCAUUUCUGUAACCUGUUCUGUGUCCUGAAGUUCUGCCAUCAGCAAAGUAUGAAUGAACCUAUUCCACAAAAUAAAGUGGGUGCUCCUAAGACAAUAGCUGCGCUGAUCAAGCACCCUUCUACAAGGAAAGCUACAACACCAGUUAUAACCAGUGUGGUGUCAUUGGCAAAAAUACCUCCUACCCAACCCACAGGAAACACUAACCGUGUUUUAAAAGGUACUACUACCAGUGAGGCAGCCAAGAUAAUUAAAGAUGGCUUGAACUCUGGGCCUAGGCAUUGCCCCUCAGCUCUUCAGCUCAAGGAAUCUACGCCAACAAUGACCCUGAAACUUCUGCCUCCCCAGUGUUCUCAGCCUCCCAAGCUUCAGAAGAACAAAGGUAUAUUGUGUAAGCCGGUCACACAGACCAAGGCCACCUCUUGCAAACCACAUUUGCAGCACAUAGAAUGUCAGACAGAUUUACCUAUGCCUAAUGAGAGAAAUGAUGCACAACCCGAUUCUCCACCUGCAAAGAAAAAUAGAAUAGGGUUUUUCCAGACUUAUGAUGCAGAAUAUUUAAAAGUCGGUUUUAUCAUGUGUCCUGGAUCAAAAGAGAGUUCACCAAGGCCACAAUGUGUCAUUUGUGGAGAGAUCUUACCCAGUGAAAGCAUGAGGCCAGCAAGCCUUUCUCAUCACUUGAAGACAAAACAUUCAGAAUUGGAAAACAAGCCAAUAGAUUUUUUUGAACAAAAAUCUCUUGAAAUGGAACGUCAAAACAGUUCUUUAAAAAAAUGUUUACUAGUUGAAAAGUCACUUGUGAAAGCUUCUUAUUUAAUUGCUUUCCAAAUUGCUGCCAGCAAGAAGCCAUUCUCCAUUGCUGAAGAAUUAAUUAAACCAUAUUUAGUAGAAAUGUGUUCAGAAGUUUUGGGUUCAAGUGCAGGAGACAAAAUGAAAACCAUUCCUCUUUCUAAUAAUACAAUUGGCUAUAGGAUUGAAGAGCUCUCUGCAGAUGUUGAAGAUCAGCUGAUUCAGAAGGUCAGAGAGUCGAAGUGGUUUGCCCUUCAGAUAGAUGAGUCAUCCGAAAUCUCAGACGUCACCCUUCUCUUGUGCUAUAUUCGUUUCAUUGACUAUGAUUGUAGUGAUGUAAAAGAAGAAUUAUUAUUUUGCAUUGAAAUGCCUUCUCCAGUCUCUGGUACUGAGAUCUUCGAAGUAAUAAAUAAAUACAUUGAUAGCAAAUCCCUGAGUUGGAAACAUUGUGUUGGUCUCUGUACUGAUGGAGCUACCAGCAUGACUGGCAGGUAUUCUGGUUUAAGGUCAAAAAUUGAGGAAGUGGCCAUGAAUACAAUGGCAUUCACACAUUGUUUUAUUCACCGGGAACAUCUGACAGCUGCAACGAUAUCUGCAUGCUUACAAGAAAUUCUUUUACAGUCAGCACAAAUUUUAAGUUUCAUAAAAAGCAAUGCAUCAAACUCACGAAUGUUAACGAUAUUGUGUGAAGAGCCAGGGUCUGAGCAUGUGAAUCUACCACUUCAUGCUGAGGUUCGUCAGAUAUCAAGAGGGAGAGUUUUAACGAGAUUGUUUGAAUUGCGAAAUGAAGUUGAAAUAUUUUUAAAUCAGAAACAUUCAGAUUUGGCUUCUUAUUUUCAUGAUGAGGAAUGGGUUGCAAAGUUGGCCUAUUUAGCAGAUAUAUUUUCGCUUAUAAACGAAUUACAUUCAGGUCUCCAAGGAAGCAUGACGACUUUCUUCAGUUUGUAUAACAAAAUGGACAUAUUUAAGGAAAAGUUAAAAUUGUGCUUGAAGUACACACAGGAGAGUGAUUAUGACAUGCUUCCUUCGUUAUCUGAGUUUGUGAAAUCAACAGACUUAAAUGUGAAAAGCAUUACAAGCAUCAUUUUUGAGCAUCUGCAAGGACUUUUUCAAUUGUUCCAUGACUGUUACCCACCAGAAAGAGACUUGCGUUCAGGAAAUUUGUGGAUAGUUAAUCCUUUUAUGAAUCACCAAAAUAAUAAUUUUACUGUUGUGGAAGAAGAAGAACUGACAAAGUUAUCUUCAGAUUUAGGAUUGCAAUCAGUAUUUAAAUCAGUGUCUGUAACUCAGUUUUGGAUAAAUGCAAAGGCAGAUUAUCCAGAACUCCAUGAAAAGGCAAUGAAAUUUUUAUUGCCCUUUUCUACUGUUUACUUGUGUGAUGCUACCUUUUCAGCUUUGGCUGAGUCAAAACAGAGAAGCUUGUUGAUUUCUGGCCCUGCUCUACGACUGGCAGUCACAUCCUUAAUUCCAAGAGUAGAAAAGUUAGUGAAGGAGAAAGAAUAGCAACCUGCAUAUUGCUUAUCAUUAGAGUCUAUAAUUUUGUGUGAAAUUUUGUAUAAGUAUCCUACAAUAUAAUUUCCUAGUGUGGAUUUGUGUUUUCAAUAAUUAAAGUCUUUAAUAAUUUU